ACUGUGUAUAUAUAUAUAUUCUUUCCCACCUUAAUCUUAGAUGGAGAUCGGUGACAUGAUUGAGAUAAACAGAGGUGCAUACAAACACUGGGCUCUGUACAUUGGACAUGGAGAUGUCAUCCAUUUGGUAACUCCAGGUAUGAUGUUUUACUGGAAAUGUAUUUAUGGCUCAUUACAAUUCCAGAACUGGGGGAGAAUGAUCAACAACUACCUUGAUGACAAGUACACACCAAGGAACAUUGACGUCAUUAUGAAGGAAGUUGGCCACACAAGUCCCUAUAACCUCAUUGGAAACAACUACAAGCAUUUUGUUACUUCCCUACUUUUUGGCAAGUCAGAGUACUAGACAUGUGAUUGAGAGAACAUUCCAUACAGAACACAAUGAUUUGUCUGCACUUCAUAUUAGGGUCAAUUUUUUCUCUGCUUGUCUUUUUCCCUUUGGGCAAAUAUUGUCAUAAACGUGAUUUUAACAAGAAGUGCUUUAGGACUGCUUGGUGCACUGGCUGCUGGUGCUGUUUCUGGAGCAGUGGUGAUAGUAUCAGUGGAAGUGGUGAUAGUAGCAGUGGAAGUGGUGACAGUAUCAGUGGAAGUGGUGAUAGUAGCAGUGGAAGUGGUGACAGUAUCAGUGGAAGUGGUGACAGUAUCAGUGGAAGUGGUGACAGUAUCAGUGGAAGUGGUGCUAGUAUCAGUGGAAGUGGUGACAGUAUCAGUGGAAGUGGUGACAGUAGCAGUGGAA